AUAAGUUGGUGGCACUAUAUAAUAAGCAUAAAGUAUUCAUAUGCCAUUUGCUUCCACCAUCCAAUUCAAGAUGAAAAAAAACUUUCUCAUAGUGUUUGUGAUGCUUCUGAGUUUCUCCUUUGUUCUCUAUGUCUCUGCUAUCCCUGCAACAAGAACCAGAAACUUGAUUAUUGAAGAUGAAUCAGUUUUUCCUUCUUUACCUCAGGAUCAUAGUUCAUUGAUGUUGGAAAAUGGUGAGAAAAUGAAGAUACAUAUGGAUGAAAUUAGAUUGAUGGGAAGAAGGAUAGAUUUGGAACUCCAUGAUUAUGCAGGGCCAGGUGCAAAUAAAGAACAUGAUCCAAAAUCCCCUGGAAAUGGUUGAUGUGAAAAUAUAUAUAUAGAUUAAAUUAGUAACAUCUUAUAAACUUUUUGUUCAAAAAACAUGAUCUUAUAAACUUUAGGCAAAAUCAAAAAUGUGUGAUAUUGUUUUGUCUUCGAAUCAAGUAUGUGUGGUUUUUUGUUUUCUUGGUGUUUCUAUACAUGUAAUUUGAAUUGUAAUAUCAAAUAAUGUAGCAAAAGAGAGUUAAAGUAAUAAUCAUAUUAUAGUGGUUAUAAUUUGUAAACCUAUGUUUGAAACUACAACAAUAUGAAUAAGCAUUUGGCUGCAA